AUGACUUUGACGACCACAAUUGAGCUGGCCAACGCGCCGGCAACACCUCUGCCAGAGCUAUCCGGUUCCUCUUCGGCAUGCUCACCGCAGCCGCAACAGACAGUCUUUUUGUCCGAGACCGAGCAGCAUGAGGACCUCUCCCGAGGCAAGACGGUGGUCGUCAUCUCAUCGGUGACGUGCAUCACCGGCGUCAGCUCCCUCCUGGCCGGCAUCGUGACCGUCUGUAUCCCGGCCAUGGCCAGAGACGUUAACCUCGAGAAUAACCUAUUGUUGUGGCCGUCCUCCGUUUACGCCUUGACGUGCGGAUGCACCCUCCUGCUGUCCGGCGCCAUGGCCGACCUCUACGGCGCUCGGCAGCUCUAUCUCCUGGGUUGCUUCUUCCAGUCUGUCUUCACGCUCGCCUGCGGGCUGGCGAGGACGGGGAUACAACUGAUCCUGUUCCGCGCCCUCGCCGGCGUGGCCAUCUCCAUGUGUCUGCCGUCCGCCGUGAGCAUCAUCACGCACGCGUUCCCAGCCGGCCGGCGGAGGAACACGGCCUUCGCCUCGAUGGGUGGGGGCCAGCCGAUCGGCUUCUCCAUCGGGCUCAGCAUCGGCGGCGUCUUCACGGACACGAUCGGCUGGCGGUGGGGAUUCCACAUCGCGGCCAUUAUCAACACGGUCAUCUUCCUCGUCGCGCUCAAGUGGCUGCCCGGCCUCGGGAGAAGGGAGGCGGUGACGUGGCGCCGCUUCAGGACCGAGGUCGACUGGAUCGGAGCUUUCCUAGCCAGCGGCUUUCUCUCGAUGAUCUCCUAUGUGCUUGCUAUCAUCACCGACAGCACGCACGAAAUGAAGAAGGCCGAGAACAUCGCCCUGCUCUUCAUCUCGGCGUCCCUCACCGGCGCGUUCGUCGCCUGGGUGGAACGACAGGAGCGCCUGGGUCGGCCGGCCAUCAUCCCCAACUCGCUGUGGAAGAACCGCAGCUUCAGCAGCAUCUGCCUCAGCGUCUUCAUGGUCUGGGGCGCCUUCAACGCGACGGAGCAGCUGAGCUCCUUCUACCUGCAGUACGUGCAGCGGCUCUCGGCCACGAACACCUCGGUGCGUUUCCUGCCGGCGCCCAUGGGCGGCGUGCUGGCCAGCAUCGUUGCCGGGCUCGUCGUGCACCGCGUGCGGGCGGACCUGGCGAUCCUCGUCGCCGUGGCGCUGUCUAGCCUGUCGCCUGUGCUGAUGGCCGUUGCCGACCCGGCGUGGUCCUACUGGCUCUGCGUCUUCUGGGCCAUGUUCAUGAACGCCAUCGGCGCCGACAUGCUCUUCACCAUCUCGAACCUGCUCAUCACGUCGCUAUUCCCGGCGCGGACGCAGGGGGUUGCCGGGGGCGUCUACAACACCAUCGCGCAGAUCGGCAAGAGCGUCGGACUGGCGUCGUCGGGGGCCAUCGCGAGCGCCGUGACGGCGCGGUCCGGCGUGGCGGACAAGGCGAGCCCGGCGGCGCUGUUGGAGGGGUAUCGGGCGUCUUACUGGUAUUGCCUCGGCCUGUACGGCGCAACCUUGGUUGUGACGAUAUGGGGACUAAGGAAGAUUGGCAAGGUGGGCGUCAAGAAGGAGUGA